GAUGAAAUCUCAAAGAGAUACCUAGGACCGGAUACACCGGAUGUGGCCAGAAUUGGUGAAAACAUGAGUAUCGCCUUUGUCGCCCAGAAUCAUUAUACUUCGUUCGUAAGACCACACGUGCCAAACGUCAUGACGUUUGGUGCGUUUCACGUGGAAAAGGACUUGAAGCCUUUACCGGAGGAUCUACGAAAGUUCUUAGAUGGCGCUACAGACGGAUUCGUCUACGUGAGUUUGGGCUCAAACGUAAAGAGCAAACUUUUGCCAAAGAGACUCAAGGACAUGUUCCUAAAAGUGUUCUCGAAACUUUCGCAAAGAGUACUGUGGAAGUUUGAGGAUGAUCUGCCAGAAAAGCCGGACAACGUGUUCGUAUCGAACUGGCUGCCUCAGGAAUCCGUUCUAAAUCAUCGAAACAUCAAACUAUUCGUGUACCAAGGUGGACUUCAGAGCACGGAGGAGGCUGUACACUACGCAGUACCACUACUGGGAUUACCAGUUCUUGGUGAUCAAGAUUAUCAAGUUAACAAAAUGGUGUCUAUUGGUGUUGCUAAGAGAUUGGAAUUAUUGGAAUUGAACCAAGAGGAUUUUCAAAGUUCUAUACAGGAAAUGAUCAACGAUAAAGGAUACAAAGAAAGAAUGGUAAAACUCAAAGCCCUUGUUCGAGAAAAUCCUUACGAUCCUAUGGAAUAUGCAAUUUGGUGGAUAGAAUAUGUGAUACGUCACAAAGGUGCACCUCAUCUGAGGUCUAGUACCAUUGAUGAACCCUGGUACCAAAGAACUGAUAUGGAUGUAGUUGCGUUUCUAGCAAUAGCAAUAUUCAUAGUCGUUAUCACUGUUUUGCGCCUGUUAUAC